ACUAUCACUGUUUAUUUCUAACCUAUUUUUUUUAAGUGCAACAAUUUGAAAUCCUCAUUCUAACGAUUAAUGUCAUACUUAGGACAGCUGUCAGUUCAAAUAACUUAGUUUUAUGGAAUGUAAUUAUAACAUCAGGUACUAAAAAGCAUGUUUUGAUCAGCUUCUUCUGGAAUGUUCUGAGUCUCUAACCAAGAAAAAUGGCAAAAUCUGUUUUUUCCCAAUCUGUCGUAACCCCAGACAGUUCCGAUGACGAGAGUGCAGAAUCAGACAUGGACAAGUCAGAUUUGUCCGGAGCAGUCUGUGUACUACCCAGACAACCUAGAGCAUCUACACGAGUCAGUAUUUUAAUCGAGUCUUUAGUCAGGAGCAUUUGUUCCAUUUAUGAGACCGACCCGCAAGAGGCUAAUAAACUGUACAAAAAGAUAUGUGAUAAACUCUUCACUAUGAAUAUGAUUGAUGAAAGUUUUAAGAUGGAUGAAUUUGAGGGAAUUAGGAGUCAAUUCCAAACUGGAUUUAUCCAUUUGAUUACUUCCAACAUGAAUAACAAACACUUGAGUUUAAAACCAAUCAGACACAACAUGAGAGAUUCACAUUAUCACAGGGAAUUUGAGGAGAUUCAAUACAUUGCAGGAGGUGGUUUUGGCCAAGUAUAUCUUGUUAGACAUAAGUUGGAUGGUACUGAAUAUGCCAUGAAAAAGAUUCCAAUUAGAUCUGAAGGCAUAGAGUCUGUGAAAAGUUAUCUGUCUGAGGUUAAGACUUUUGCUAGCUUAAAUCACUCAAAUAUAGUACAGUACAAAGCAGCCUGGUUGGAAGUAGGAGAUCCUACUUAUAAAGCCAUUUGCAGUAAUGGAGAUGUAAACACUUCAACAGCAAAGACCUCAAGGAAGCUUAGUCAAAUUGAGGAUGAAUAUGUGUUUUCCAAAGAAAUGGACGAGUUUUCCGAUAAACGUUCUGAAGACACUGACUUUGAAAUUGAUUUUGAACAUAGUAUUACUAAUGUAAGUAAAGGUAGCAUACCUAAAACUAAAUCAAAUUUAAUUAAAAACACCAAAUCCAAAAGUGCAUCAGACUUGAAUGCUCUAUGCAAAGUUAAUUAUAAUGAGAUAGAGCAAAUAAGAGUACAACGAAAAGUAAGAUGGGCCACUUUGUAUAUUCAAAUGUCAUUAUGUCAAUUAACAUUGAAACAGUGGCUUGAUAAAAGAAAUGCACUGGAACUGAAUCAGAGUAAGGCAAUUGUAACCAUUAAUCCAGAUGUUAUAAGAAAAAAGUGUAUCUAUGAAAUUUUAAUACAACUUGUAAGAGGAAUCCAAUACAUUCAUUCCAAAGGAAUUGUGCAUCAUGACAUAAAACCUAGUAAUAUAUUUGUGCAACGAGACAAUGACAAUGUUUUGGUGCAACUGGGAGAUUUUGGAUUGGCUUGCCCCCUUCAAAGCGCCAGACAUAGUCUUGCAUUCGGCACUAAAUUAUAUGCUGCCCCAGAACAACUCGCUGGAAAAUGCGAAUCGAAAAGUGAUCUCUACUCGCUGGGUAUAGUUUUGUUCGAAUUAAUACAAUGUUUUAACACAGACAUGGAGAGAGUGGAAAACAUUACUAAACUAAGAAAUGGCGUUUUUCCUGAAGACUUGCAGAAGCGACAGACUGAAUUCGUUGAAAUGAUUGUACAACUCACCUGUAAAAAAUAUGAAGAGAGGCCAGACACCACUACUAUUUUAAAACAGAUAGAAAAGUCAAAUGAAUCUCAACAGAUAGAAAAGCUGAAGCAGGUGAUAGCUGAGAAAGAUGAAGAAAUUUCACACUUAAAAGAAUUACUCAAAUCAUAUGGCGCAAAAGGAAUCUAACAAAUAACUAUCACAUAGAAUAAAUUUUUAAGACUGAAAUGUGGCUAAUAUUAAUUCAGAUAGCCUCGACAUUUUAGUAAGAAAUAAUUUUUACAAAGUGAUAUUUCUUGUAAAAAUUAAAGUGAUAUUUUAAUUUAUACGAUAUUGUGUCUCGUCUGUUUACAUUAUUACAUUAAAGACGUGAAAGUUGUUAUUAUAUUUUAUAAUAAACACUUUAAAAAAUA